GGCUUGUCCUCGCUCUCGAUGCCUCCACCAAUCUCAUCCUCAACCCGGACGGCGGUCACGGCGCACGCGAGCAGGGUUGCUCACGAAUCGCAGGAUCGCGGGCAGACGGCGGACCGAAAGAAGAAUGUCGCACGUGGCCAUGUCUCGGCCGCGCCCCGCUCCUCCGUCACAGCCUCAUAGUCACAGGCUCCCAGCCUCCCGCGUCCGGAGUCCGGAUCCGGACACGCGCUCGAGGCCACCCGCGCUGUCCCGCCUCCGGCAGCGAUGGCGGCCGCCGCGCGCCCCGCGUCCGCCCACCUCCUCCUCCUCGCCCCGCUCCCUUCUCCUCCCCGCCUUUCGCAUCUCAUCCACACCCGCAGACUCUACGCACUCGCCCCCGCCCGCCGCCCUGCGGCCGCGCGCGCGCGCCGCGAAUCCUCUCCUCCCUCCGCGCCCUCCCCUCCUGCCCCGGCUGACUCGCUCGAUUGCGUCGGAACUGGCUCGGAUGUCGAGUGCUUCGUCGACGCCGGCGCCGAAGACGCCGCUCCCCUCCUUCCCGCGCUCUCCGCAGGCGCGUCAAAGGACGAUGGGAAGAGCGAGGGCGACGCGGCGGUUUCGGCUUCCCCUACGGGGAGGGAGCUCUUGGAGUGGGCAUCUCUGGUGUCGCCCUUCUUCUUCUGGGGCACGGCUAUGGUGGCCAUGAAGGGGGUCAUACCCCGCACGGGUCCCUUCUUCGUCGCCGCGAUACGCCUGCUCCCCGCGGGCGCACUGCUAGUUGCCUUCGCCGCCGCGCGCGGCAGGAAGCAGCCCUCCGGCUGGGAGGCCUGGCUCGCCAUCGCUGCGUUCGGACUCAUCGACGCGGCCUGCUUCCAGGGCUUUCUCGCGGAGGGACUGCAGAAGACAUCGGCUGGGCUCGGGAGCGUCAUCAUUGACUCGCAGCCAUUGACGGUUGCUAUCCUUGCAUCACUGCUCUUUGGAGAGUCGAUUGGCGCGAUAGGAGUUGGAGGACUCGUGUUGGGCGUCGUGGGGCUCUUGCUUCUGGAGGUUCCAGCACUGUCAGUUGAAGGAAAUGACACAACAAUCUGGGGAAGCGGGGAAUCGUUGAUGUUCCUCUCAGCUCAAAGCAUGGCAGUCGGAACUAUCAUGGUCCGCUGGGUGUCAAAGUACUCUGAUCCAAUUAUGGCAACAGGAUGGCACAUGAUUAUUGGUGGGCUUCCUUUGCUAGUGAUAUCUGUUCUUAAUCAUGAUCCUGCUCUGAGUGGCCAUAUUCAAGAUCUUACAUGGAGCGACAUAUUAGCACUUGGUUAUACAUCUAUAUUUGGCAGUGCUGUCAGCUACGGUGUAUACUUUUACAAUGCUACUAGGGGUAGCUUAACCACACUUAGUUCUCUCACUUUCUUGACCCCCAUGUUUGCAUCCGUUUUCGGGUACCUGUACCUGGGUGAGACCUUCUCAACAGUACAGAUUGGUGGUGCGCUUCUCACACUGGUUGCCAUCUACAUGGUUAACUACAAAAGCAUUAUAGGUGAGAAAUAAGAGGCUAUCACCUACUUGUGCGACGUUUAUCACAUAAGGGUGGUUGGGUGCUGCAUGCGGCACCUAUUGCCACUUGUUGGGUUCAGGAAUCUGAAGAUUAAGUACAGUCAUGAAGACUCGGGCAAAUUAUCAGAUUGGAGAGAGAUGUGCUCUUUUUCAGGUCUAGACUGUAAAUGCAGUAUAAAGUGGCACAAAACCAAAUAGGUUUCAUCAGCUCCUUCGACAAUCCUAUUAGAUUGCCUGGUUAUGUCUACUUCUAGGUUACCCAGCAACCUGUAUCUCUGUUAUGCGUAGCUGAGAGAAUUAUAAUUUAUAGGAUGUUUCCGAAUUGUAGUUGCUACGUAUUAUUAUCUAGGGAGGUAGGGGAUGCCCCCCCCCCCCCCCCCCCCAAACAACCCGUGUUGCAAUGGUCAGAAACAUGGAAUCAGUUUCAAGGAAGAAGGAAGGCUCGUUUGUCUAUGAAUCUGCUCCGUUUUUUAAAUAAUUACUAGAUUUUUUGCACAACAUGUGCAUUGUACCAGGUAGACUGGAGAAUUUCUUAAAAAGCGGUAUCACACAAUAUUCAAGUGAUACUAGCGAGUGGCAUGACUACUGAAGUGAAAUGAGAAAUUUGUGAUUACAUAAAUAAGUAUGACAAAUCAAUCCAAUCUUGUUAGUA